UAGCGUUGUUGUUUUUGCGGACAAACUGUCGGGAAGUGCGUUGUCCAACUGUCUGUGAUUGAGUUGAUUAAGCUCCUCCACCAUGCAGGGUAUGUCAAAGCGCAGCAAAGUAACUGUCAAAAAAAUAUUACUACGAAAUGAAAUUUUAAUAGGUUGCUUUAACAGUCGUGCAAAGGCGCGUGUGCAAAAGCUAAUCGCAGAGUUUGUACCGUUGGCGCGUGCAGUAUUGAUAUCCUCAACUGUACAGCUACUCGUCCUUGGAUAACAACGAGAAAGAGCUUUACUGCCUUGCUGAAGCCGCGAGGCUCAGCACAGAAGAGAUGCUUGUCUGCGGCCAGUUUCCAGCACUGGAGGAUUUUUGUAUUGUUGUCUGCCAUGUCUGCAAUCAGGUGGUCACUCCUCAUGGCAUCCACACACACUAUGGUAGCUGGGGUAUAGUUUCCCUGUGAGACAGUCAGAGAGAGACAGACCAUCCUGGACCACACCCUCUCAUUCCCUCUCCAACUCUCUCCCACAAAGACAUGCAUAGCAAAAACCAGAAGCGUCAUGGCUCCCCCGCCACCUCCAGGAGCCCCCUGGUCCCCAUGAAGCUCAAAGCACCUGCAGUGGCUCCCAGUCUUGGGGACACCCUGGCCUUCAGGGUCCCUAAAGAUUACCCUCACUCCUGUUUCAGCAAGGCGCCUCUUGCUGUCUAUCCACCGAAGGGGGCACGGAACAAGACGUGUGUAUCCCUUCCAGUCGUAAGCUUGGAGAAGAUGCCCUGUCUCAGCCGUGCCGACUCUACAUCACAUGUGCACCUCACUUCCUCUUCUUCCUCCCCCGCAUCCUCCCUCAAACCUCCGUCCCUCACUCCCCCGGCCUCCCAACGAUCCAGUGACAAGCUCACGAACGGGCGUGGCGCCGGCGCUUCUCCAUCUUCUUUGGACGGGCGGCCCAGUCCGGCACGCUCUCUACUUGACAGACGGCUGUCAUCUACACCUUCUCCUUCCCUGCUGGACCGGAAACCAUCCCCGUCACCUUCCCCAUCCCACCGAUCUGGCAGUCUGCCGUUGUCGUCGCCAUUGGGGAAGAAUGGGCCUAAGACUUCCUGCGGGUCGCAAAAAAGACUCUCAGGGAGAGUAUUUGAUCCUAACAAGCACUGUGGAGUCCAGGACCCGGAGACUAAGCGGCCCUGCACGCGGUCCCUCACCUGCAAGACUCACUCCCUAACCCACCGCCGAACCGUCUCCGGCCGAAGCAAACUUUUCAACGUCCUCCUGGCCGAACACAAGGGGCGUGCAAAAUUAAAUGAAGGAGCGAAGGAGAAAGACAAGGACCGAUCGCAGGGAGGGAAGGCAGGCAGCAGCCAGAGUAUCAUGUCACAAGAGACCACAUGUCCCAGCAAGCCUCACUGCCCAAAUGGACGACCUCUGUCCAUGCUGAAGCUACGGCUGGCAAAUGCACACAUACCCAGGGUUCCAGGCUCCACCACCUCCACCUCCAGUCCUCUGCUCCCAGCGCCAGCCCCCGCCCCAUCCCUUAACCCAGAGCAGUCUCCCCACAGUUGGAUGGCAGCAGCAGGAGACGGCGGUCGACUUUCCAGUGAUGAGGGAGACGCAGAGACUCUAGAGGACACUGACAGACCUGCCUUUCACUACUCCAAUCGCCACCCACAGCCUUUAGGGUUUUGCGUAUUCAGCAGCCGGCUCAUGGGACGGGGCCACUAUGUGUUUGACAGACGAUGGGACAGGAUGAGGCUGGCGCUGCAGAACAUGGUGGAGAAACACCUGAACGCACAGAUGUGGAGGAAGGUGCCUCUGGCUACUGAGAGCCUCCUCUCCCUCUCCUCCUCUGGAACUUCCCCCAUCACUUCCCAACAGACUCCCCCUCCCACCUCUGGCACUUCUCCUCCCCUCUCCUGCAACUCUCUUUCCUACACCGCCACAUUUCCUCAGUCUGCAUCCAUUGCCGGGGUGUUCAGCAUUCGAGACGCUCCGCAGCCCGUCGCCCCAGUUUCUGCACCGGGUAAAGCCCGUAACGGCACGCAAAAAGCCAGCCGCCCAUCCAAAGACACGGUGGACUCUGUAUUGGGAUCUAAGAGGAGAACAAACUCUUCCUACCCUUCCUCCUUUUCUCCUUCUUCCUUAUUUCCGACUGUGGAUAAUCACAAGAGGAAUGGCAGCAGCUAUCAUCCAAGGUUACAAGGUUCAGGGGGUGCAGCAACAGCAGCAACCCCAGCCAGGAAAAAGGGACUUGGGCACAGGGGAAGUAGGCUUUGGAGCAGCGGAGAGGACUGGCUGUCGAGAGCCGAUGUGUCUCAAAGCCACAACUCACAGAACAGUUGCGAACAUGGCACGACCAGUAUACCCCACUCACCUAACAGGGAGCCAGCCUCUGCCCCCCAUCAGCCCCUGGCUUCCCCCUCUGGACCCUUGGCUUAUAAAGAAGGAGCAGAGGGGAGGAAGAGGAGGAGUCCCAGCUCAUUCACAGGGAAGGCCAGUAAGCUGAGCAGACCGGUUGGGUUGGAGAGCCUCUUUGGGAACGGGAACAACAAUGUGGAAAUACUGGCUUUGGGGCCAGAGUCCCCAAGACAGGCCAAGUCGCAUCACUGACAGAAACCUGUUUCAUGGACAGAAUGUUGGACAGCUGUGCAGCCUACCACCGUUUGAGACCUUCGACCUCACCACUCUUCCGCUGACAGCACCAAUCAGACUGCUUUAUCUCAACGGUGUCACCCCUGCCGUGACACUGGGGCUCUGGAGUCUUUGCCCACAGUUGGCUGGCAGUUACUUUUACUCUCCAACUUUAACCUUUGAUAAUGGAUCGCUCUGAUGGAAAACUGCUGUGCCUGACUGUGGUCGAAGUCUUUUAAGAACAAGACGUAGGAAUCCAAAAAAACGCAUCCUCUGAAAAAGGGAAUUUUGCCUCACGUUUCCAAGGCAUUGGUAAUAUAAUACCACCACUGUACAAUUUUGGGGAGACAUUUCUUUAAGCAAUCAGUUUAUUUUCUGGUUGUUUUGACCAUUUUCCUGCUUCCUGUGUCUGGUCCUGGACAAGGAAAGAGGUCUGUGAUUGUUGUGAGUGAGAUGGUUGAAGGACCUACUGACUGUUUGAUAACUUUAGGACUCAGCCUUCAUUUGUGCCACCUCAACACCCUACCCUCUUUCUCUUGAUUUUCGUGUUUCCUCUUCCUCAUAGAUGGAAGACAACAGCAGCUUUAGUUUUAUUUUAACUUUUGGUUUUGUCCAGCUUUUUCCUCUCUUUCAACUUCCAUCUCUUCCAUCUAUCGUUUCCUACCUUUUGUCUUUACAAUUCUCAACUUCCCUUUACCCCCCCAUCUCCAUAUCCAUCCCAGCAUGUCUGUGUUCAAAGUGCACUUACAGCCCUUGCUUCUAUCUUCUUCACUGACUCCAGCAGUGCCACACCAAGGACCCGUUCACACAAGGGAAGAAAAAAAUAUCAAAGUUACCAAUGAUGCCGAUGUAUUUCUAUAAGGAAGAAAUCUGAUUUUAUUUGAAGAGUUUGUUCUUUCUUAGUUCUGGUUUUAAAUGUUGCAAGAAACACAAACUCCUGUCUGUGCAUCAGGACUUGCAUCCAAAAAGGAAUAAUUACUACCGUGUUGGAUCUUUUUUUAUGUUAUUUCAUUUUUUAUAAUUUAUCGUUUGUUUUACCAAUUGACCCUCGAGGUUUGAGCUAAAGAGACUUUUGAGGAAAAUAGUCAUUUCUAUGGCAUUUUGAAGAAAUGUUGAAAGUAUUAUGAUAGUUCAUAUUUUUGAAAAUGUGUACAUAUCGAUUAUUAUUUUUGUAUUUAUUAAUAAUUGUCCCCUUUUACUAAAUAUGAGCUAAACAGAGUAUUUUUGCCCCCAUACUUAGGUCUGUGUUAUAUGAUAUUGAUGAGAUUGGUCUGAUUUCUCAAAAUCUUCAAGGAUUUUGUUCAUUAGCAAGUUUUUAAAUUAUUACUAAUUAAUACACAAACACAGCAAAAUUUGAAAUUUGACUGUGGCUGCUGUGUAUGCCAUUUCAAUUUUGCUGUGCGGACAGUUCACAUACUGUGGCCAAUUCUAAACAAAAAACAAACAAAUGAUAUAUAUAUAUAUAUAUAUAUAUAUAUACACAGUAUGUAUAAAUUCUUUUUAUUCAGGCAUAUUCUAAUAACUGUUGUGUAGCUUACAUUGUUGUCAGACAAAAGAUAUCUUAACUCAAGGAACACUCACAUGGUUGCAAACUCAAAAAAAACUGUCCCAUUUCUAUAGAAGUCAGAAAUUGUAGACUGUGUGCUAUUUACUAAUUGUUAAAGAAUACUGUAAAUUAUACAAUACAGUAUAUGCACCAUUAUAUGUCGGCCAAACUGCAACUUUGUGAAUUUUAAUUGGCUGUAGCUUUCCUAUAAGAAAGCGGAAUACUUUUUCCAAGGAUUUAUUAGUGGGUUUGUUUGGUAGAUCUUUUUCUCUCACUACUGCCUGCAAAAGGUGUAUUUUCUCCCAGAUUCCAGAUGCACAUAAAGGUUUAUCAACAGCACACUCAAAAGUAGUAUUUCGUUUCUGUAAUUUGUAGAAUGCAUGCUGACUUUUCAAUUUGUCACUUUUUCAAUGGGAAAACACUGCAUACUCAAACCCGCAUAGAAUUAUUAUUAUUAUAAUUAUUAAUCUGUAGUUUGAUCUGUGGGCCACAGCCUUCAUCAUUAGAUGGAGAGUACUCCGCUGCCCUGGAGACAGUUGUCAGACAGGUGUCCUCACAUGAAGAUGUGGUCUAGUACACAAAUAAACCAUUGAGUUUUUUUUUUUAUCUAAGUGAUACAUCUAACAUUAAUAUGGAACCUUCAGAGUCAAUUAUUGUGUAUUUUGAAGCAUUAUUUACCAUGUCAAACAUAAGAGAUGAUGUCAUCGUUAACUGUGCUAUAGAAUUUGACUUGGUCCAAAAUGUAAGUUGAAAGUCUACAUGUCACAUGUUUCUACAGUAGUAUUUCUUCACGUUUUUAAUAGGUCAACAAUUUCUAUAUGACGAAUGCUAAUGAACAAAGGUUGAUUUUGGGACACCAGGCCUCGGUUAGUAUUUUCAUAUAAAGGGACCCGCUUUCCUUUUUGCCUGUGGAUCCACCUUUUUUCAUACUACUUCCAAUGUUCAAAACUAUAGCUAUAUUUUCAACUGUCUUUAUCUUUCAGUACCGAUUGGUCUAGUCUCAGUACGAUUUAUGCUGGUUGUGUAUGUAAAAAUCAAAGUCAGGUCAAAGUGCUUUCACUUCUCAGUCGCACCUGUCAAGCUUGGUACCAAUUCUUCUCUGGUGGCUCAGUAGGUAGCUGUGCUGUAAAUGCGGCACAUUCAUUCCUUUUAACUUUUAAUGUCUUUAAAAUAACGACAAGAUUAAAAAAAGGUUGGUUAAAAGUGGUAUUAUUAAGUAAAAACCUUUUAAAUGUUUAAAAAGUACCCUUUCUAUUCAUCCGGUGUUGCUGAUAAAGCCAAAGUAACUGAAAUCCUUUAGAUUUGCUUGAUAGCAGCGUACUGGUACUCGCUGGCUGCUUCAAAUAACUACGUUUUUUUUUUUGUCUCAAAAGCAUCAUAGCACUAUUGAUGUACAAAAUCAGUUGUAUUUGUGUUAUGCUUUUUCCAAGUGCUUCCCAUGAUGACACUUUAUUCUUCAGUGUGUGAGAUCGUCAAAGUACUCUUAGAUCAGUUUAGUGAUACUUUAUUUUACUCUAGACACGCAAGGUGUAUCCGGGUACUUGUGGUGUACAGCUAACUUGUUGGCAAUUACAGUGUACAUGUUCUCUGUGUAACGCAACGUACCAACAGAUGUACUGGUAAAUAGUUUAUGUUGGUGUAAUGGCUGAAAAACAAUGGUUUAGGUGGGAAUUAAAGAUUUAGUUUCUGCUCAGUGUCUUCAGUGUGUCCGCAGAUCAAAGAUGACGAUCUUACCACUGACAUGUUUUUUGGGAAUCCCACCGUGACUUACUGUUUAUGGUAAUAGAAAUGGGAAGUUACUAUCUGUUGCAGCUAAAAUGAAGACGUUCAUGAAUUUAAGAGCAGUUGUACAUUAUCUUUGCUGUUGAAUUUUAUGGAGGUAUUGACAGUUUUUUUUUUUUUUUUUUUUUUUUUAAAGCCUCCCCUUUUUUCUUUUUCUCUUUUUGCACAUUGUCACAAUGCCCAGAUCUUUAAUCAACUUCUAUUUAUAUACGAAAAUAUUUGAGAUAUUAAAAACAAAUCUAUAUCUACAGUAUAUAUUUGUAACAGUGUUUCUGGCAACUAAAGUAAAAAGAGAUGAAGAGUAUAUUCUCAGUGAGUCGGCCCCUGAACCAGUUGUGGCACUUCAUCCGAACUGUGUCGAAUGUAAGAUUUGCAGUUUCUUCGCUCUCCCUAAAGUUGGAUCAGAACAAAGAUAUUCCCAUCAAAACAACUAAAUACUUGCUGUA